AUGUGCUCCUGCAACGAAGCCGGCAAGGACUGCACCUGCGGUGCUAACUGCCAAUGCGCCGCGGAGGCCCAACAAGCCAAGCAGACGUGCGCGUGCGGUGAGAAGGCUGCCGACGAGUGCAGCUGCGACAAGACGUCGAGCUCGACCUGCGAGUGCGGCAAGCAAUCUGCUGACGCCUGCAACUGCGAGAAGAGCGGUUCGUCUGCCAACGCCAACGAGAUCGACUUCACCACCAAGGCCGGGAACUAG